AUGGGGAAGGAAGUAUCGGAGAGCUGUCUGGACAUUCUGCUUAUAGAGACUGUCUCUUCUUAUACCAAUGGCUUCUAUGCUGGCAAACCCGAACUCGUGGCUCAGGCUGUCGAGGCCAUCGGUUAUCAGGUCGGAAACCAGCUCUGUGAACGGUACACGAUGGAGAGGUCACAAUUUAGUGAUCACCUAGAAGCAAUCAAAUUUAUCUGCACAGACUUCUGGAUUAAGAUCUUCAAGAAGCAGAUAGAUACCCUGAGGACAGAUCAUAAAGGUACAUUUGUACUGAGAGAUAAUCGUUUCCGCUGGAUUUCACGGGUGUCAAAUUCAAUAUCAGAGGAUUCUGGUGCUACAUUUCCUUCAACACUGCCUGUAAAUUUUGCACAAUCAAGGAAAAUGCACCUCUACUUUCCCUGCGGAAUUAUAAGGGGAGCACUCUCGAAUUUGACAAUUCCUUGUGCAGUUACUGCAGACAUAUCAAGCCUUCCUUCCUGUAUAUUUACUAUCCAAAUAAGGCGUGAUUAG